AUGCGCCUUCACGCGUUGGCCGCUUGUGAAGAAAAGGUCUACGCCGAAGACUGGAAGGGACAUAUGGCGGCCACCACCUUGGCUGGCAAGCCAUGCGGUGUACUGCCUGUCCUCUUUUAUGAAAGCGGAAGGCUGUUCAUCGAUGAUGGCGGAAGCAUCGAAGAGUCCUUCAAGGAAAUGGACGUCAUCGGCCUUAACCAGGAGGCGAAGAACAUCUACGCGGCGCUCCCAGAAAUGAAGCUCAAACGCGAUGCAGCGCCGAAGGCGCUUGCCGAGGCGCGGAAGACCUACGAGUUCCAGGAUAAACACUUUAAUGUUCAAGCGACCCGCCACCCCGACGACGACGUCGGACAGCGAGCUGGUGUGGAUCCCCCCGAGGCGCCCGGUCACUCGCCCGCCGUGGAUGACCGCGAGUUCGAUGAGAUGCUGGACAACCUGUCGACUCGGUCUGCAAUGACGUCAACCUCUACCGCAUCGAUAGCCCAUACGCCUCAACGCGUCGAAAGCCUGAUCGACGUCGACCCGACCGUGCACCCGAUGCUUGAUGACAGUCUCCUACUAUGUGAA